CGCUAGGACUCAUCUUUGAAGGCUAACCUUUUUCCGAAUCUCUUAAAUCUCUAAUGUCUUGUGAUCUUGGUCUAUUAUGGUCUACACACUCCCUCUCUCUACAUUUCUAUUUGAAGGAGAGUAAUAAUAUUUCUACUCCGCACUCGUACACUCUCUCUUUCUUUCUAAGAAACUUAGAAGUAUUGCUUGAACUUCCAUCGUCCAAUCAAAUCUUAACAGGAAAAGGAAAAGGAAAAGGAAGGAAAAGGAAAAGGAAAAGGAAUCGGAAAAAUGACAAUCCCACUCUCCGUUAUACCGUUCAGUCUGUUCCAGCAAAUCUGCUUCAAUUCAAUGCAUCCUCUUCCCCGCCAUCUACUUCCACCAACGAGAGUCAGGAACCAAAAGAGAAUGUGCUUUGGAUAGGAUGUUCCGAUUCUUCAGUCACAGAAACCGAUGUUCUCAACAAUGUUAGCAGAUCCGAGAUUUUCGUCCAUCGCAACUUGGGAAAUCGUGUUAGUGUCGGGGAUACAAGCAGCGGAAGUGCAAUUGAGUGGGCCGUGGAUGUCCUGAAAGUAUGUUAAAGCUCACCAGGCCUCAUUUUGUGAAUGCUGAAUUCAUUGGUAUUAGGUACAACAUAUCAUUAUUUGCGGCCAUUACGAUUGUCAUCUUCUUGAUGAGUCCGAAAGUGAUAGUAACAAUUGGUAUCGGUAAAUCUCCCCAACACUACCAAUCUAUUUCCAUCACUUUCAAGAUUCCGUGUCACCCUUUUCUCUCAGUCUCUACAUCCUCGCUUUCCAUUCAUUGACUGCCCCUGACAUUGCGAGUAUCACUAACAUGCACAGCGAUAUUAUUCAACUCCAUCAAGAAUCCGACGCCCUAGAACCACCUGCUCAAUCACCUCAAUCAAGGAAUCGCCACUUCACAGAACUUUACGUUUUGUCCGAAGUGGAAUGGUUGAAACAGCAACCUAGUGUUCAACAAGCUAUGAAGGAAUGGGACUGUAAAGUUCAUGCUUUUGUGUAUGACCGGGAUCAAAAUAGUUGCGUGAGAUUAGUACCAGAGAGUCAACAGAAAUGAUUGCUUCGAAUGGGAAGUGCAAAAUUUUAUAGACCUCGUAAUUCCAUUCCAAGGGAAAAAUUAUAAUUAAUUAUAAACCAUCACUCAUAGCAAGCAACGCAUUAAACAAAAAUAACACUAACAUUAAAACCAACACUAAUCAUUCGAUAUGUUGAUCUCCCCCAGCACAU